UAAAAUUAAUAAUCACGCAUUUUCGUUUUUUGUUAAUCUCUGAUGAUGACAAUCGGCUAAUAUUUAUUUCCUUUCGAAGUUUAUUCGUCAGGGGGCGCUAUUACUCGCUACGUGCUCUGUCGUCUAUAAUUGAAUAUGCCCAAAGUGAAGAGAAUCAGGCCUGUCCCGGUGAAAAAACUAAUUAAUCCUGCAGACAGCAGAAUUAACGAGAAAGAUAGAUUACCUCCGCGUAAGAAGAAAAAACAAGAUCCUCAAAAACUUGUGGUAAAAGAAGCUCCACAGUAUUCAUCGGCGCUCUACUUCAAAUAUAAUACUCAGCUUGGCCCGCCGUUUCGCAUUUUGAUAGACACAAAUUUUGUUAACUUCUCCAUCAAAAAUAAAUUAGAUGUCAUCCAGUCUAUGAUGGAUUGUCUGUAUGCCAAAUGUAUACCUUACGUCACAGAUUGUGUUAUUGGAGAGCUGGAAAAAUUAGGAAGCAAAUACAGAGUGGCAUUAAGAAUCGUCAAAGACCCGCGGUUCGAAAGGCUUCCAUGCCUCCACAAGGGAACAUAUGCAGACGACUGCAUUGUGCAGAGAGUCACUCAGCACAAGUGUUAUAUUGUAGCGACAUGCGAUAAAGAUCUGAAAAGGAGAAUAAGGAAAAUCCCAGGUGUUCCAAUAAUGUACAUUUAUCAACACAGGUACUCCAUAGAAAGAAUGCCCGAUGCAUACGGAGCACCUAAACUGUAAACUGCUGUACACAAUUAACAAAAUAAAUAUAUUUAAUUUUCA